CUCUCCGCCGCCUCUGCCUGCACCGCUCCGCUCUCCCGAAGAAAAGAAGAGGAGGACUGGGUCCGGGGAAGGAGGAGGGCCCCCGCUACCACCACCACCACCACCACCGCCGCCAUUAUCGGGAAAGCUGGCUCAAAUCUCACUUUCACACAGGCGAUCUUGCUCUUAAAUGCAGGGUACUUGAACGCAACGGUGGAUGUUUUCAGCGAAACGAUUGCAACAAAGUGGCCCGUUUUGUGUGAGGCGUGUGCGGCCGGCCCAGCUUUAAAUGUGCACAACAAUGGACACAAUAAUGAGUGAAAAGCAAGCAACGUGGUGAAGUGAGGAGAGGGCGGCUUUCAAGCUUUUUAUUUUUGCACGCCGGGGAUUUCUUAUGAGGCAGUGAACAACAUUGGAUUGUUCAGUCUUUUUGUGGAUAUUUAUUGGCUUUCCAGUGUUUUGUUCAAUUACAACGGUGCAAGAAAACGGACAAGUGAUGCAGAAGAGGAGGAGGCAAACACGGGACUUGCACAGGGGAUGAAUUAAAGAACCUUCGCCACAUAUCAUUGCAGGGCUGUUUAUGUUGAAAGUGAAAUUUGAGCUCUUCAGCAACUUUAUGGACAAACAUUUCAGCAAACCUUUUACACAGUGCCUGUUUAUGGCAGGAUGAUCGUCGGUCAGUUAUGAUGGCGAAAAAACAAGAUGUCCGAUCCCCCAUUUACAACCUCAUUGUGGUGGGUUUGUCAGGUACAGAGAAAGAGAAAGGACAAUGUGGGGUUGGAAAGUCCUGCUUGUGUAAUAGGUACGUACGACCCAGUGCAGAUGACUUUUACUUGGACCACACGUCAGUGUUGAGCACCAGUGACUUUGGGGGUCGAGUGGUGAACAAUGAUCACUUUCUCUUUUGGGGGGAAGUCUCACGCCUCCUGGAGGAAGGGCCUGAGUGUAGAAUGCAUGUUGUGGAGCAAACGGAAUUCAUCGAUGACCAAACAUUUCAGCCCCAUCGUAGCACCGCUAUGCAGCCCUACAUCAAACGGGCAGCCACCACCAAGCUGGCGUCGGCAGAGAAGCUCAUGUACUUCUGCACAGAUCAACUGGGCCUAGAGCAAGACUUUGAGCAAAAACAAAUGCCCGAAGGCAAGCUGCAGGUUGAUGGUUUCCUGCUUUGUGUCGAUGUCAGCCGGGGAAUGAACCGCAACUUUGAUGACCAACUGAAAUUUGUCACAAACCUCUAUGGUCAGCUUAGCAAGACUAAGAAACCCAUUGUGUUAGUACUCACCAAGUGCGAUGAAGGAGUUGAACGUUAUAUCAAAGAUGCACAUACCUUUGCUAUCACUAAAAAGAGUCUACCAGUGGUGGAGACGUCUGCACGUUCAAAUAUAAACGUGGACCUGGCGUUCCUCACGUUGGUUCAGCUGAUUGAUAAAAGUCGAGGCAAGCCCAAGAUCAUCCCUUAUUUUGAAGCACUUAAGCUCCAGAGUCAGCAGAUCGCUUCGGCCAAGGAUCGCUAUGAAUGGUUAAUCAACCGGAUAGUGAAGAAUCAUAACGAAACCUGGCUUAACACCAGUCGACGCAUGAACACUUCCCCCGAAUACAAGGAAUAUGUCUUCUUGGAGGGAACGGCUAAAUGCAAGAAGCUUUUUCAACAGCAUGUUUACCGUCUGAAACAGGAACACAUUGAGAGGCGUCGUAAAAUCUACCUAAGCACUCUUCCUCUUGCACUUAGCUCUUUGGUGCCUGAUCUGGAUGAAAUAGAUCAACUCAGCUGGUCCGGCGUACAGAAGGUUCUUGAGUCCAAGCAGCACUUUGCGCACUGGUUUGUUGUUCUGGAGGACUCGCCUUGGGAGGACACGUCUCACAUCGACAACAUGGAGGAUGAGCGGAUCCCCUCAGACCUUUUGGAAACCGACGAAGCAGAGGAAUUGUUUAAUGCCCACCUGGAGCAUUUACGCAAUGAGUGCCGGCGUGCAGAGAUGAGGCUUGAGUUUAAACAGAAACUAUCUUCUUCUCCUUUUGUCACCCCUGGUAGGCCUUGGGAGGAGGCUCGCAGCUUCAUCAUGAAUGAAGAGUUCUACCAGUGGUUAGAGGAACCGGAAUACUUGGAUCUUUACAACCGACAUCAGAAGGAGAUCAUUGAUCGUGCUAAAGAAGAUUUCCAGGAGCUCUUACUGGAGUACUCUGAGCUUUUUUAUGAACUUGAAGUAGAUGCCAAGCCAAGUAAGGAAAAGAUGGGGGCAAUUCAGGAAGUGUUGGGGGAGGAGCAGAGGUUCAAAGCGCUGCAAAAGCUUCCAGCAGAAAGAGAUGCUCUGGUAUUGAAGCAUAUCCACUUUGUAUAUCACCCUACUAAAGAGACCUGUCCGAACAGCCCCCACUGUGGAGACUCGAAGAUUGAACAACUCCUUGUGUCACGAUUCCCGACAUGUUAUCCUUUUUUUGAUGUGAAAGCUCAUUUCGGGGACACAAAGGCUGACAGAAUCAACCUCGUCAUACUGGGGAAGGAUGGGCUGGCCAGAGAAUUCGCCAACGAGAUUAGGGCUCUCUGUACAAAUGAUGACUGGUACGUCCUUGACGGCAAAAUGUAUGAGCUGACACUGCGGCCCAUUGAGGGAAAUGUACGUCUUCCUGUAAAUUCUUUCCACACUCCGACUUUCACCCCUCACGGAUGUCUGUGUCUGUAUAAUUCAAAAGAGUCCCUCUCCUAUCUGAUUGAAAGCCUUGAGCGUCUAAGGGAAUCUACGCUAGGUCGGAGAGACAGCCAGCUAGCACAGCUGCCCACGUCACUGCUCUUAGUCACCAAAAGAGGCGUAGGCUCAUAUGUGGACAUCGGAGGUGAAACUGCCUUAAACUUAAUAACGCAGGGACAGCAGGUUGCAAGGAGACUGCAAUGUAGCUUCCUGGAUCCUGCCUCUCCAGGUGUAGGCUAUGGGCACAAUGUCAGUGAGUCACAAAUCAACCAAGUGUUAAGGGGCCUUCUGGAUAUUCGGAGGAGCACAGCCUUCAGUAGCAGCUCCCCGCCUCAUCUCCCGGAGCCUCCAGGUCUGAGAGACUCUCCUCAUCAGCCGGUCCCAGAGGCAGAUCUUCGUAUUGUCAUGUGUUUAAUGUGUGGCGACUCCUACAACAUCGAGCAGCUCUUAUCCCCCUUCCUGAUGCAUCAGCACUGUAGGCCCAUGUCAAACAGCGGAACCUCUGUAUUGCUGGAGCAGACCAUUGCAGGACACAAGCUGGCUAUCGAGCUCUCUCUUCUGUCAUACCACGGCUCCUUCACUUUACGGAAGAGCAGACUGGUACACGGUUACAUUGCAGUAUAUUCGGUGUCCCGAAAAGCAUCCCUGGAGACCCUGUGUGCAUUCUUGUGUGAGGUUCAGGACAUCAUCCCGGUCCAGCUGUUGGCAGUGGGAGAUAGCCAGGCCGAGCUUACUGAGAGCGAGUACGCCCGUGAACAACAGCUCCAAGGAGAGGAACUUGCUCAUGAGAUCGAAGGUCGUUUCAAUAGUGUCGUCUGCGGAUCCGGGGGUGUCAUGGGAGGCCUGCACAGGAUAGAAAUGUUCCAUCCAUUUCUCAUGGAGGUUGUGGAGAAGCGCAACAUUGUGGAAGCCACGCACAUGUACGAUAAUGUUGCUGAAGCGUGCACCAAUGAAAACGUGUACUCCCCACGCUGCAGUUCUCCCAGCCCUGUCACGAUGUUCCUGGAUUCAGAGGAUGAUGUCGAACCAUCACCACCGUACUAUGAUGGCACUCUCACGUCUCACAGUGUGGGCUUCAACUUGCCCGACUUGGAUUCCGGUGACAUCUCUCUUAUAUCUGAUAUUAGAGACCUUGAGAGCAAACUCAACAACAAAGUGCCACCCCACGUGAGAGUUAAACCCGGUGUCACUUUCGACUUUCGAAAAGUCAGCCGAAACCCAUACAUCGACACACUUGGCCACCGUCGCUCCCUGCCAUCUGCAGUCACCUGGGUCCCAGGGGGAGACAUGGGCUACGAUCCCUCAGACUAUGCUGAACCAAUAGAUGCUGUCUCCAAACCACGCCCUAGUAAUGAAGAGAUCAUCUACUCUGUGCCACAUGACAGCACACAAGGAAAGAUAAUCACCAUACGCAACUCCAACAGGAUGCACUCCAAUGGCAAUGGAUCUGACAGUGAAGCAGACAGCAGCUCGCUGGAGCGCAGGAGGAAAUUCUCAGCAGCUGGCGUGAAGCCUCGUUUGUACCGCGACCGAUCCAAGAGGCUCGGAAAGUUCAGCAGUUUCCGCACGAGUUUCAUAGGCAGUGAUGAUGAGAUGGGAGCGCUCCCAAAGUCCAAAGAAGAUGACUUUGGGACGCUAAAAAGUGAAAACCUGGUGAAUGAGGAGAAUGAGGACCCCAAGAAGAGGAAUAUUUUGAAGAGUCUGCGACGAACAGCCAAGAAAACAAGAACAAAGCCUCGUCCGGCGAUCCCCAAGCCCAUGGAGAGUAACUAUUUUGGGGUCCCCUUAGUCAACGUGGUGUCCCCAGACAGACCUAUUCCACUCUUCAUUGAGAAGUGUGUUCGUUUUAUUGAGACCACAGGUCUGAACACAGAAGGAUUGUACCGUGUAAGUGGGAACAAGUCAGAGAUGGAAAGCAUGCAGAGGCAGUUUGAACAGGACCACGGAUUAGACCUGGUGGAGAAAGACUUCUCCAUAAACACUGUGGCUGGAGCCCUUAAGAGCUUCUUCUCCGAGCUGCCUGAGCCCUUGGUGCCUUGUGCUCUGCAGGUGGACCUACUGGAUGCUUUCAAAAUCAAUGACAGAGAACAGAGGCUGUACACAAUGAAGGAUGUCCUGAGGAAGUUCCCCAGGGAGAAUUAUGAUGCCUUCAAAUACGUUGUGAGCCACUUACACAAGGUGAGCCAGCUGAGCAGACUAAACCUGAUGACCAGCGAGAACUUGUCCAUCUGCUUCUGGCCCACUCUCAUGCGACCGGACUUCUCCACCAUGGACGCCCUGACGGCCACGCGCACCUACCAGACAAUCAUCGAGACCUUCAUCCACCAGUGUGCAUUCUUCUUCUACAACCAGCCCCUCAUCGACUCCCCCACGGGCCUCGGGGGGCUCCCCGCCUCGCCCACCACCACACUGGGAGGCACCUCGGCCUACUCUUGUUACCGCUCCUCCCCGCCGCACACGGGUGCGCACUUCAGCCCCCUUCAGCAGCAGUCGCCGCCUACCACCCCGCAGUCCCCCCUGCAGUCCCUGCUGCCUGCUUUGCACCAGCAUUCGCACCCCCAUCCGCACCCCUCCCCUGCUGAACAGGAGACACUGUGAGAUGAAGAAGCCGUGUGUGCCCAGGAUGAAGCCGGACCUCAACGCAAACGACACACAAACAUGAGCACUUGCACACCAUUUAAUGAAGGCGGAGGUGAGGGGAGUGCCCCCCCACCUCAUAAUGGUUGUGUGCUAGCGUUGCCUGGACAGCUAACCUUGUAAGCUGCAAGACCACCAUAUUUUUAUCUGUGUUAUUUCUUUUUCCUCAUGAUAGUACUGCCACUGGAUUUGUCCACUGUUUCUCUUUAGGGGCAAUUUGCGCCCCCUAGUGGAGGCCUUGAGGAUUUAUUUCAUUGGGGUGGGGCUUACACAUCCAGGGAUGCACUUUAACGUUCACUGUUUUGUUUUUUGGGGGAGUUUUUUGGACAUACUGUGUUUUUAAUUUGCUCAGCCAUACCCAUUGCCUCUUCAGAACAGAGCUCGGGCAGAUCAAACUGUUUACAUGAGUUGUUUUUUUUUUGUAUCCACAUACUUAUCUGAAGCACUUUUUGAUAGUGUAGCGUUCCAUUUUGGAAUUGUCCAUAUUAUUUAGCGGUUGAGUGUGGCGUUCUAGUGCAAACAGGAUCCCCUUAUGUAAAAACUUUCAUUGACUCCAUUAUUCCGGAGCGGUCCUGUGGAAUUUAGUGUUAGACUUUUGUCUUCUUUCUAGCUGUUGGGUGUUUCAGGAAGUUGGGUUCAAUAAUGGCAGCCAUAUUUGAUGUUCCAAACAGAUCUGAUACGCUUGAAGCCAAUCCCGUUUAGUGUCCACACUCUUAAAGGAUAUGCUAGGAAUAUGUUUACGUGCUCGAGUGAAGUACUUUAGCAUAUCGUUCGAAGAACUUUUUCUUUUAACCUUUACAAGAGGAAGCUCUGUGUUCAAUCACUGGAUCGACUCAUUUUUCAAGGAAUCACGAUGCUGUCAUUAUUAAACUAAGAGCCGUACGCUCAAUCCAUCAUGAAAUAUACUGUAUCAUCUUACCUGCACCUCCAAACACACUACUUGUGACUGUAUACUGCUUGUUUGUACCUGGGGAAGGACACCCAUCAAGUCAGUGGUAGGAAGCAUUUCUAGUGUGUAUUUCAAUGACUGAACGGCCAUUCUUACAAUUUUUUUUGUGAAUGGUUCAAGGCCACUGCAUGAUUUAAAAAAAGAAAAAAACACCAUAGGAGGGCGGUUUGAUACCAUUACUUCCUCCUGUUUUGAAAACAUGAAAUUAGUCCAAGAAUGGAACUUUGAAAAAAGACAAAUAGGUUAUUAUAAUGUAUUGCGCACCAACAGGAAACCAUGGAAUUGGUCUGAACAAGAAAGUGUUUGAAAAUGAAGGCCUUAUGUGAACUGUAUGAUAGUUAAUAAAUUAAAUCUUGUAAAAUUGUCUGUAGCUUUCGUGUGAUUCAUUGGUUGUAUAAAAAUUUAUUUUCAAGCUCUUUUCUCUCUCUCUUUUCUCUCUCUAAAAACA